UGGCGGGUGGAGCGGGAGUCCGGCGGCCCUUCCCACGUAGACUGUCUGCUGGGGGCGCCGGCACCAUUUGGAGUACGUGAGGUAUACGGGAAGAAAAAUGUCUGAAAAGCAGAUGAAGGAAGCUUUUGUCAGUAACCUCAAUGGAACCACCGUGCUGGAAAUCACCCAGGGAUUGUGCUUUCCUGCAUUCUGUAUCCUGUGCAGAGGGUUCCUGAUCAUUUUCUCACAGUACUUGUGUUCUUUUUCACCUACCUGGAAAACUAGAUUCCUCAUUGACUUUGUUGUCCUAAUAGUUCCCAUGGUAGCCACUUUGACCAUUUGGGCUUCAUUUAUCCUCCUUGAGCUUCUCGGUGUAAUUAUCUUUGGGGCAGGGCUGUUGUAUCAAAUAUACCGAAGGAGGACCUGCUAUGCCAGACUGCCUUUCCUAAAAAUCCUUGAAAAAUUCUUGAACAUCAGUCUAGAAUCAGAAUACAUUCCAGCCAUCUCCUGUUUCCGUGUAAUUACCAGUGCAUUUACUGCUAUUGCUAUUUUGGCCGUGGACUUCCCACUUUUUCCCAGAAGAUUUGCCAAAACUGAGCUCUAUGGGACAGGAGCAAUGGAUUUUGGAGUAGGUGGCUUUGUUUUUGGGUCUGCAAUGGUUUGUCUAGAGGUCAGGAGGAGAAAAUAUAUGGAAGGGUCCAAAUUGCAUUACUUUACAAACUCAUUGUACUCUGUUUGGCCAUUAGUCUUCCUAGGAAUCGGACGAUUAGCCAUUAUAAAAUCAAUAGGCUAUCAGGAACAUUUAACUGAGUAUGGAGUUCACUGGAACUUUUUCUUUACCAUAAUAGUUGUGAAAUUGAUAACACCACUGCUGUUGAUUAUUUUUCCCCUAAAUAAGUCCUGGAUUAUUGCCCUCGGCAUUACUGUAUUAUACCAGUUAGCCCUUGACUUUACCUCACUGAAGAGGUUAAUAUUAUAUGGCACUGAUGGUAGUGGCACACGGGUUGGUCUAUUAAAUGCCAACCGCGAAGGAAUAAUCUCUACCCUGGGGUAUGUGGCAAUACACAUGGCUGGUGUGCAAACAGGGUUAUAUGUGCAUAAGAACCGAUCGCAUAUCAAAGACUUGAUAAAAGUAGCCUGUUUUCUUUUACUGGCAGCUAUUAGCCUCUUCAUAUCUCUUUACGUAGUUCAAGUAAAUGUAGAAGCAGUAUCUCGAAGAAUGGCAAAUUUAGCCUUUUGUAUUUGGAUAGUUGCUUCUAGCCUGAUCCUUCUUAGUAGUUUAUUACUGGGUGAUAUAAUUUUGAGUUUUGCCAAAUUUCUAAUUAAAGGAGCUCUAGUACCAUGUUCUUGGAAACUUAUCCAGUCACCUGUUACAAAUAAAAAGCAUUCACAAUCUCUAGUCCCUGAAGCUGAAAGAAUGGAACCCAGUCUUUGUUUAAUCACAGCUCUAAACAGAAAACAGUUAAUAUUUUUCUUGCUGUCAAAUAUAACAACUGGCCUGAUCAACCUGAUGGUAGAUACAUUACACAGCAGUACCUUGUGGGCCUUAUUUGUGGUCAAUCUCUAUAUGUUUUCCAACUGUUUAAUUGUAUAUGUACUAUAUUUGCAAGAUAAGACUAUACAAUUUUGGUGAUCAGCAGGAGUAGGAUAUAUAAGUAUUUGGGCAAUAUUUAAUGAGGAAUAUUAAUUGUAAAGAAAUUGUGCUUUUGGCAACAGUGUUAACCAUAUUUUAUUAUAAAAUAGUUUCAGUCAUCUAAACAGCAGUGAUGCUUAAUUAUUUUUUUUUUUGAGACAGAGUCUCGCUCUGUUACCCAGGCUGGAGUGUAGUGGUGCCAUCUCAGCUCACUGCAACCUCCACCUCCCGGGUUCAAGCAAUUCUCCUGCCUCAGCCUCCUGAGUAGCUGGCACUGUAGGCAUGUACCACCAUGCCCAGCUAAUUUUUAUAUUUUUAGUAGAGAUGGGGUUUUGCCAUAUUGGCCAGGCUGGUCUCAAACUCCUGAACUCAAGUGAUAACACCCACCUUGGCCUCCCAAAGUGCUGGGAUUACAGGUGUGAGUCACCACACUGGGCCAAUGCUUAAUAUUUUAGUGUAUCUCAACAAUAAAACCAAGAAGAAACAAAGCCUUUUGACUUGUUAGAAUGUAUUAAGUAGUAUUUUAAAGAAACUUUAUAGUUGUGACAUUGAAAGACUGUUGGGGUGGGGGGAGGAAAAUUUUUACUUUCCAUCUUAAUGUAACCUUAUGCUAUUCUGUAUUUUUACUGUAUAUUGCUUUUACAAUAAAUAUAAAAUGAAAUGUUUAUGUUGA